AUGGUCAUGGAAGAACCUGAGCUGGAGAUUCUCAUCUUCCUUUAUUGGCUGGCUCAUGGGGCAUCCUACAGUGUGGUUUGCUGUGCCUUUGCUGUUCCAAAGACCAGCAUCUUCCGUGCUGUCCAUGAGGUGGCUCAGAAGAUAGAGGACAAGAGGAAACGCUGUAUCCAAUUCCCCAAGCCCCAUGAGUUGGAUGUGGUUGGACAAGGCUUUGCUGCACUAGCACAGCAAGGUGCCUUUAAAACCUAUGUGGGUGCAAUUGAUGGGUGCCACAUAAGGAUCAAGGCACCUGCAGGUCCUGCCUCGAAAGACUAUCUGAACAGGAAGCUGUUUCAUUCCAUCCAGCUCCAGGCAGUCUGUGACAGUAGUGGCGAGUUUUUAGAUAAUUUCGCAGGAUACCCAGGAUCAGUCCACUACACAAGAGUGCUCAAAAACAGCUCUUUCCACACAGAUCUGUUGUACCCUCCUGCAGGUUACUUCCUUGUAGGGGAUGGUGGGUACCCCUGCAUGGAGCAGCCAGUCUGCAUCCUAACACUCUAUAGCGAACCACUUUGGCAUGAUGAAAACAAGGUGCUACAGCAUUUUCUUCAAGGCCCUGGAGGUGGACCCUACAUUUGUACUUCCAAUAAUAACCUGCUGUGCAGCCCUCCAUAACAUCUGCUCGGGCUUUGGGGACAUUGUACAGGACACAUGGAGGGACAAUGUGGAUCAAGCCCCUUGUGCUGUUGCAGUCAGUGGUGCAAGGUCAGUGGUGCAGCAAGGGGAAGCACACUGGCAGGCCACAUCUCUGCACCAGCCCAGCAGCUGCUGGACCAUGAUUAUUUAUAACUGGAACACAUAUAAAU